AUGGACGUAGUUCCGCCGAGACUCACGUACUACGACGCCCGGGGCACCGCAUUGAAGUGCCGGCUCCUGCUCGCAGACCUGGAGAUACGGUACGAGUGGGCGCCCUUGGCGAGCGCUGAGCAGGUGGCCGCGGCGAAGGUAGGUGCACCAUCGUGCACGCUCCCCGUGUGGGAAGACAGCGCAGCGCGGGUGGCCGGGGGCAUGGUCAUUCUAGAGUACCUGGGGGCGAGCCUGGGGCGGUACAGCACGUCAUUGCAGGUGCAGGCUGCUGCGCGGGCCCUGGUGCUCUUCUGUGAGGAUCUUCUUGCCGCCGUCUGGAAGGAGCCCGAAGCCGUGGCAGAGGCCCUUGCCGCUGGGGCAGAGAUGACGCGCUCGGAGUGCAUCGCGGCCUACCGACAGAACAGGAUCCUUCCGGGAUUGACCGUUCUGACCCGGGACGUGCUGAGCCUCCGGAGCCUGGCUCCCGAGCCGCUCUAUUCGGACUACGCGGUCCUGGAGGUCCUGUAUUAUGCGGACGCAGAGUAUCCGGAGCUCGUGGACCAGUUUCCACCGCUGCGCGAGCUAUCUGAUGGCUACCGUGCGCGCCCAGGGAUCAAGAAGCUCCUCGCCUCGCUGGUCUAG